AUGGCAUUCAAUACUGGACGUGGAGGAGUUUUUGUUGCACGCGGCAAAGAGGAUCUUCUUGUUACCAAAAAUCUCGUAGUUGGGGAAUCAGUUUAUUGGGAAAAAAGAAUUUCGUUAGAAGAUAAAGAUGGGAAUAAAUUAGAAUAUCGAGUUUGGAAUCCAUUUCGUUCGAAAUUAACUGCUGGUAUUCUGGGUGGUCUUGAUAAUAUUUAUAUCUUUCACAUGUGA